AGAGGACACACGUGAAAGGAUGUCAAGAUUAUCAAGAUAACAGUUUCUACAGAUCUUCUCUUAUUGGCUACAUGUAACCGUUAGAGAUGAAAUUUCCGGAAGUUCCGAAGAAUGUUUUUAGGCUCAGUUUGUUUGGGAGCUUAUGUGGAGCAGUCGUCCUUAUCAAGGAUUACACGAAAGGGAAGACAUAUAAAAGUGAGGAGAGGAUGACAGGCAAAACAGUGAUUAUUACAGGAGCCAACAGUGGCAUUGGCAAAGCCACCAGCUUUGAUCUUGCUAAGAGAGGUGCUCGUGUAGUAAUGGCAUGUAGGGACAUGCGAUCAUGCGAAAAGGCCAGAGACGAAAUAGUGAAAGAGACCUUCAAUCAAGGUGUUUGCUGCAAGUACUUGGAUCUCAGCUCGAUGCAGUCCAUUCGUCGAUUUGCAGAAGAAAUGAAUAAAGGAAAUCGUGUAGAUGUUUUAAUCAACAAUGCUGCGAUAAUGAUGUGUAAGCGAGCACUGACGUUGGAAGGAAUCGAGCUACAGCUUGGAGUCAAUCACUUUGGAAGUUUCCUCUUGACCUACCUCCUACUAGACAAAUUAAAGGAAUGUGCCCCCAGCCGAAUAGUCAAUCUUACUAGUCUAAGUUACAAAACCACAAAUAUUAAUUUUGACGACUUGAAUUCAGACACCGUUUACAACGAAAGUGUUGCGUACAAACAAAGCAAGCUGGCAUUAGUACUAAGCACUAAAGAAUUUGCUAAGAGACUUGAAGGUACAGGAGUGACUGCUAACUUGGUGUACCCUGGAGUUGUGAAAACAAACAUUGGUCGCCAUACUGAUGUAAAGAAAUCCUUCUUGUCCCGGGCUGUCCUGGGACCUGCGUUUUGGCUUGUUGAGAAGUCUCCAGAUGAGGGCGCUCAGACAGUCAUCUAUGCAGCAAUAGAACCAAGUAUUGCUAAAGUCACUGGUAAAAUAUUCAUUGAUUUGGAGGAACAGAACAUUCCCUACCUGCGUGAGACAGAUGAGGCAGAUGCUAAACGACUCUUCGCAGUCAGCCAGAAAUGGACGCGACUCACAUGACAGCAGCGUAUUUUAGUGACAUAUAUAUUACAUAAACAUCAGUAACUGGUUUUCAUUGCAUCAUUUCUCAAAUUUUUAUGAAUAGUAAUUGCUUUUGUCUUUCAUUCUCUGCAAUGCUAAAAUCUGGGCUUGCAGAAAAAAGUUUGAUAGCAUUUUUGAUGAAUUUGAAAUCUUUCAAAUCUUUCAUUAUUGAUUAGAUGAAGGAUGUCAGAUUAAGAUUUAUAUACAAUUGUAUGAGUAUAUUGUCUUAAUUGCCAUGACAUUGACUUAACACUUGUUAUUCAUGGUGUCACAAGAUGAUAUUUUACUGUGAAAAAAAAUAUUUAGAUGAAAUGAACCAGAAUUUAUCAAAUUUCAGUCCAGUCAGUAGAAGUCUGUGUCAGAAAUGAAGAAUUAAGUACUAAAUAUGAUGAAUGCAUGUAAGAUGAAUGACUGGAGAAAACAUUUUGAUAUAUGAUGUGUGUGGAGAUUAUUUAUAAUAAAUCUUUGAAAGUAAA